GUACUGUCAUUGGUGCACAGCAGAGGAGCAAGGACGAUGAAGACCUGAGAGGAGUGAAUACAAGAACCAAAAUAUCAGGCAACUUCACACUCAAUGGGAGUGGGGAAACCCCUCAAUGGGUGCGCGCGAGACGACCGCCAGCCUCAAGGAAAACCCAACUUCCUUCAAGUCCAAUCUUCAAAUGGUUCAAGAGUCAAGUGAUCCAGAGAUCUUGAAACGCGCUCUCGCAGAGGCAUUGGAAAAACAAAAGGAGCAUGAGGCCACUAUCAAGAAGCUGAGACACGAGGUAGAUGUUGAGCGUGGGCAUGCCACGAUCCUUCGACAUGACAACCAAGUCCUUCGACAGAUGAAGGCCAACAUGCAUGCGGUUGCUGAGCAAGAGGAAGAAAAUAUCUCCAACAGACUGCUGAAGCGUAUUUCUGGACUUAAGAAGGAAAAGGGCGAGCUGAUGCUGCAGGUAGAACAGGAGGAGGAGUAUUUGACAAAGACACUGCAAAAGAAGCUAAGCCAGCUGCAGAAAGAGAAGAUCGAUAUGGAAAAUGCCCUGGAGCAGGAGCAGGAGUACAUCGUCAACCGCCUACAGAAGCAGUUGGACGCCAUGCGCAUGGAGCAGUCCGCCAACACAUCAGCAGCGUCGAGCUGGCAGGACAAGGACCACAGCAUCGUAUCCAGCCUCCCCAUCGGCUCAUCGCCCAUCAACAUCGCAGGAGGCGGCAGGACCUCGAGAAUCAACGCAAACCCGUCUCCGACGCCCUCGCCCACCCACAAAAAAUGGAUCCCAUCGCACUCGCCCUCCUCCUCGGACCAUGGACCAUCACAUCCUAUCGUGGACAUGCUUAAGGCAGAGUUAACAGCAGCCAAGGCGACACUCAACGAGCUAGAGCGAGAAUAUCUCAUAAAGUUCAAGCAAUGCAACCGAUAUCGGUCUGAGGUCCUUACCUUACGUCAGGAGUUGGGCCUGCCCAUUGCCACGGAUCUGUUGGUGGAAGAUAGUCUUCCUACUGUGCUAUCGUCCACUCAUCGCACCGGCGGAACACCUUCAAGAAGGAACUCAAGCACGAGUGCCUCGGGAUCGAGCAGGACUUCAUAUGGUGGUGUACCCGCUACACCAACAAACACCCCGGCGAAUCCAGCUCCCAUCAACAACCACCACUUCUCAAGUCAACGCGUAACCCUCUCGCCUCACAACCCACAGACAAAUCCUUUCUUGGGCGGCAAUAGUGCUUCAGGAGUCUUUAGCCACUAUUCAACAUCGCCUACACUCUCUACAUUUCCGGGAGGACCACUGAACAACGGAGGCGCCAGCGCAGGAUUCCCACCCACAGCAUCAGCGGGGAACAACCAUUCACACCCCUAUCCUCACCACCAGCCGUACUCCUCUGGCAACUCGGGCACCAACUCGUUUUCGUCCUCUGUAGGAUCCUUGGGCUCAACUUCGCCAAUGAUGCCGGUGGCGUCAUCGCUUUCAUCUACGUCGGGAUUGCCGGCUAUUGUACCUGAGCGCCAAUCGCUAUAUCGAUCCAAGAGUAGCAGCCGACAGAAUGCGCAGUAUAUGCCUUCGCAACAACAGAGCUAUCAGGCUUAUCAACACCAGAGUGGGCUGUCUUCUUCACAGAUGCCAGUAUCAUUGCAACAGCAAGCACAGCAGCAGUCGCAACAAGCACAGCAGCCAACACAAUCAGCACAGGGAACUGGCGUGCCUCAAUGAUGGAAUUUUCAACAUGGGCUUCUGGCUGCUGUUUUGUAAUCAACUCUCUUGGAGUUGCUCGUUUUGUUCCUAUGAGAGAAGGGUCUGUAGAUGGGCCGCAUAUCAUCCCUAUUUGAAGCGGUUGAAAGCGCAAGAAGGCGAACUAUUCUAUUUUUUUUCUGCGCUGAGCAGUGUUGUUCAGUUCUUUGU